CUUAUUUCUUAAUCAAAACCAACCAGCAUUCCUAACAUAAUGUCAUGGAGGUUGAGGGAACAGGAGAAAAUAUCCCAUAAGGCAAAAGAAUUACAGGAAUCAUGGACAGGAAGCCCUUACAGGGGAAAUGAGUCAAUCCACUUCUGUCUAACAGAAACUAUUAGCACAGAAGUAAAGAGCUUUUAGAAACAGCUUAUGAAUUCACAGCUUGCAAAGUAAGUGAAGUCUCUGUCUCUGUUACACACAUAUACUAACUCACACAUGCAUACAUGCACAUCUCUGGUGGAAAGAAGGAGAAUUUACAGUCUGGAACGCAUAUCAACUUUCUGUUUAAAGAAAAAAAGAAAAGAUUUUUCAAUAGGCACAGAAUCCCACCCCCUCAGCACCCCUCCUUUCCCAUCUGACACUGACUUCAAGGGAGGAGUUGAGCCAAUUAUCUGUGAGCCCUACAGAAGGAAAAUCUGCAAUUUGCCAGGAGUGAGAGCAAGAGAGAGAAAGGCAGGGAGGGAAGAAGAAAUAAUUAAUUGGUAAAUGUAAAGGAAAAGCCCCUUUUCAUCUAGAAAGAGAACACUUUUAAACAAAUCUCAGAUCAGAAGAAAAGCAGCUAGUGGCAGGAGGAGUGCCAAGUAAGACUUGGUGAAGUGUAGGUUUAGUCCCACUGCCAUAGACGAUUUCCAUGCUCCCAGUGAUUUUUCCCCAUAGGGUUUGAGGCAGCUUAAGAGGCAGAGUGGGCCAAACAGCUGCACCCACGAUCCUGUACAACUAGGUGUCGCUCCAGAGACCCUUUCCACCCAGCAGAGCCUGUGAAGCGCAACUUGCAAGAAAAGCCAGUGGGAGUGGGAGUGCUCUGCAUCUCCUCUUGAACUGAGGCUGUCAGGAGAGGAGCUCAUCUCAUCAGAGGGAACAGCUAUCUCUGGUUCUGCGACCCUUCUUUGGCCCAUGUCAAUCGUCUGAUCCAGUAAUUACCAUCCAUGGGGGACUGUCCCCUGGAGUUCUGCAGUCCUUUCCAAUCCUGCUAAGGUCCCAGAAAAUACUGGUGAAGAACUAAGCCCAGAGCAGCAACGUGGGAUACAGAGAACGACAAUCUUUCACAGCAGCAGCCACUCCUGAUUAAAAUCAUCAGCUUCAUCAGACUACACCAAAACCCAGGACUUCUCCUCCAAAGAAAAAGAGGAGCAAGCAAUGAUGAAGACCAUGUCCAGUGGAAACUGCACCCUGAACGUGCCAGCCAAGAACUCAUACCGCAUGGUAGUUCUGGGAGCGUCCAGGGUAGGCAAAAGCUCCAUUGUCUCACGCUUUCUCAAUGGCCGGUUUGAGGACCAGUACACUCCCACCAUUGAGGAUUUUCAUCGCAAGGUCUACAACAUCCGGGGAGACAUGUAUCAGCUGGACAUCCUGGACACCUCUGGGAAUCACCCUUUCCCUGCUAUGAGGAGACUUUCUAUCCUGACAGGUGAGAAAGUGGAGGAAAGUUUGCAGAUGGAGAACGGGGAUGUUUUCAUCCUGGUGUUCAGUUUGGACAACAGAGAAUCCUUUGAUGAGGUCAAGAGACUCCAGAAACAGAUCCUUGAGGUCAAAUCCUGCCUGAAGAACAAGACCAAGGAAUCAGCUGACCUCCCCAUGGUGAUCUGUGGCAAUAAGAAUGACCACAGUGAAAUCUUCCGCAAGGUGCGUUCAGAUGAAGGUGAAAACCUUGUCUCCAGCGAUGAAAAUUGUGCUUACUUUGAAGUUUCAGCCAAGAAGAACACCAACGUGGAUGAGAUGUUCUACGUCCUGUUCAGCAUGGCCAAGCUACCUCAUGAGAUGAGCCCUGCCCUCCACAGGAAAAUCUCCAUUCAGUACGGUGACACCUUCCAACAGAAAUCCUUCCGAAUGCGCCGAGUCAAGGAGAUGGAUGCCUAUGGCAUGAUCUCUCCCUUUGCUCGCCGGCCGAGUGUUAACAGCGACCUGAAAUAUAUCAAAUCAAAAGUUCUCAGGGAAGGUCAGUCAAGGGAGAGGGAGAAAUGCACUAUCCAGUGAAGGCGACUAUCGUUCUCUCUGAAGUCGUCAUCAACAUGUAGUGCCUUAAAGAAAAACAGUCUGCAGAAGCCCAGAAUGGGCUCACUGGGUUCAUCCAAUCAAGAAAGCCCAGCAUGGCAAAAGGAUAAUUCUUCCUGAGGAGUCUACUGAAUCAUGAAUGUAAAUAAUAUUGUUCUUGUAAAUGACUGGGAAAAAUCAUAUGCCUGAUAUGUGACUGCAUUUCUUUCUUUGUAAUGUAGUUCCUCUUUGUAGCCCUUUUUGUCCUUUGUUGCCCUUUUUGUCUAAAGAACACAGACUUGAGAAGUAAAGACAUUUCAGCCUCAUCCCUACAAAGAAAGUAGGUCAAUAAUGCACAGAAGGUAUUAACAGCUACCCCAGUGUGCAGCUGUUGCUGACAGAGAGAGAGAGAGCGAGAGAGAGAGUGAGAGAGAGUGUUUGCAUGCAUGCGUGGAGCACUUCUUUACAAAAAUUGGACUUACGUUUCUAAGGACAACAAUCUUACUGAGGCUUCCUAGUUUGGGAGUGGACUCUGUAUAUAAACACAUGAUUCUAACUCACUUCUGAGGUAACCUGCAUUCAGAAGGUCUUGAUUUUAUGUCUGCUAGGACAGCUGUAAAAUGACAUUAACAAGAAUGUUGUUUGUAUUAUUGAUUUUGUUUUGGGUUUGGUUUUUUAUUGUCUGGGGGUGGUUUCCUAGCAAAAUCAGAUGGCAAGUGUGUUUGAAAAGUGUCUAAUAUUUAGAAGUAGAAGGUGUAUUUCAGCUGUAAAUCUAAAUAAUAUGUACAUUGACUGAAAGUGAAAUUGUACAGUAAAAAGCCAAUACAUUUGACUGCUUUGCAAGCCUGGUGUGGUAUUGUUUCUCACAGCAGUCACACGGACUCUGAACACCUUCGUACAAAUGCCACCCUUUGCCUUGCUGGCCACCGGAGGAACCAUUCUGCCUGCUUGUGACAGGUGGGGGCUAACCAGAUUCAUGUGUCGACUUAGACCGUUUCAGAGGCAGGGUUGAGUUUUCCUUCAAAAUUAAGAACUGACUGGAUGUGGCCUUUUGAUCUGGGACCAGCUGCAUCAUAUUUCUUCUGUUAACAUCAUUUUGUUGAUGAUUUUACUUGAUGUCUGACGAAGAUUGCCUUGAUGGAAACCUUUGCACUACAGAAGUCCUUCAGAAUAGAAGCUUUGUGCUAGCUGUCUAAAUAGGGCUGAACUGGUCAAAUAAACCUGGGACUGUCAUUCACUUCUUCCCUUUCUCAGUCUAGUCCAGCCUCCCCUGUCUUAAGCUCUCUCCCUAUCCUGUCUCUGUCUUUAUUGCUCGAUAUGCUAUAGUCUCCUAUAUACCCUCAAAGCCAAAUAUAUUCUCUCAGAUAUGAGCUUGCUGCUCUUGCUGAUGGGAAUGAGAGGCGUGCAUGCAUAACUGUGGGCAGAGCAUAGCUCCUGGACUGUACAUAACAGUAGAGUAUAUAUGUUAUAUAUACCUCAGAAGAUCAUUUGGAUAUUCUUGUCCCUCCGUCACCAUCAAAUUCUGUCCUUGGCUCUAUCUGUCUUGCUGCAUCCUGGUCAGAGCUGUGACCCAACUCAUUCUGUAAUCUGACAGAAAACCAAGAAUGAUGAAUGUCUGUGAAAAUUAGCCUCUAGGAGUCAAAAUCCUAUCAUCACUUUUCAGCUCCACUCUUUAUUGGUACUGUAUAUUGACUGGUAAAAUACACUGUUCUUUUGUCCCUGGUGCCAGGGCAACUCCUUUCUGAUCAUUUCCCCUUCCCUAUCUAUAAAUAUGUACACUGUUUAUGAUUAAAUCUGUCUUAUUUA